CUCAAUUUUGGUUUGAUUUAUUUAUUUCCUUCUCCCCUUUUGUUGACCUUUUGAAAAAGCCCUUUUGUGUUUGGGUUUGGAUUUUGCGCACAAUUCCUUGUUUGCGUGUGACCUGCCUUUACUCGACUGCCAAGUUGUGUUUAGUGAUUUAUUUUUGUUUGUAUUUAUUUACAUGAAAAAUGAACGAGGGAGAUAAACCGAAACCGGCCCCUCUGUGGAACCCCUCGGGCUCCUCGGUACAAAAGCGGCUCAGGGAGCCUAAAAUGAAGCUCGUGCAAGAGGCCGCAACUAGUAAAAAUACAGUUCUUAGAGCCGAGGCUCCAGAGUUUGUACCGAGACAAAUUACUGGUCUUGAGCACCAGUUUCAGAAUGUUAAUAUCACUGUAGACGAUUUACCCAAACGUAGCAGCGCUCAGAGUAGAUUGCUGAUUCAUAAAAACCCUACUUCACAUUCUGAGCAAGGCAGCUCUCAAUACCAUCCGCCGAAUCAAGUGAUUAACGGGCAAAGCUCUUCCACUGACAUGGUGCGCCUCAAACAGCUAAUUGAUUCGUUGAUCAAGUAUCCGGGCCAAUUCGACGAUCUCAUGAUGGUUAUUUUGGAAACUAUUUGCCCGUACUUGGACGAUAUUAUGGCUAUUUCGGAAAUUGUCAAGCUUUUAGUUAGCCAGGCAAUCAAUGCACCGAGCUUCCGCUACAACGGCGCUAGACUGUGUUGGGUGAUCGAACAAAAAUCCGCCGAAUUCAGGGCGGACUUGCACUUGAAGUGCAACAAAGAAUUGCAGGACAAUCCUAAUCAGCAAAACGUGGCUUUAUUUAUCGCCGAGCUCUACACUCAGCUGCCCCACGACAGUUUGUACGGCUCUUUACUCAUUGAAGCUUUGAAAAAAUUACUCAGUACUGGUGGGACUGAUAAUAUCAAGUGCGUUUGUCAAGCAUUAAAGUUGACAGGUUUUUCUUUGGAAGAUAAUCAUAAAUUAGCAUUGGAUGAGCUAUUUUGCCACCUGAGAGAUUAUACAAACUCCUUAUCAGGCUCGGCUUUGAUAGUGCUAAACUCUGUGAUUAAUUUAAGAGAAUCCAAUUGGGGCAGGGAACCGGAAAGUGCUCAUUCAGAGCCGUCACCAUUCGAUCAAGAUUACGAGGAAAUAGUCAACGAAAUUUUGUACGAGGUGGACGGGGCGACGUUAACCAAUGAGGAACAAGAGUUUUUGGCGGCCAACAUGGGCCAAGACGAUUAUAUUUUUGAUAAUGAAGAUCCAGACGGUUUGUGUAACCCAGAAGAAGAAAUGGACGAAGAGAUACGUGCCGCUUUUGUUGAGUUUGUUAAAACAAACAAAAAUUAAUUCUGGGGAAUUUAUUUAUUUUACUAUUUUUUUCUUAAGCUAAUUGCUUAAUUGAUGUUUUGUUUUGUUUUCUUUAUACAUUUUUUUUGUCAAGUCAAAAUCACUAAGGGUGUUAUUAUUUAUAGAAGUUGAGUUUAAUUUGAAAAAAUUACCUUUAGUGAGGGUGUAAUUAUUUAUACAAGUUGAAUUUAAUGUGAAAAAAACUACAUUUAAAGCCACUUCGAAAUAGGAAACAUUCUCAAAAAAAAAAAAAAACAAUGUAGUCUUGUGAUUAAUUUUAAAAUUAAAUUAGAUAUUAUAAUAGUUGUAAUUGUGUAAGGCGAUUUUAAUAAAAAUUUAGAUUAAGGAAUGCGAU